GAGGAACGGACAAGACGACGAGCGACGAGGCAGGCGACGGUAAGAGACGAGCACGGGAACAGACAGAGAAAGAACACGGGGGUAGAGCAGGAGACACGGAACGAAGAAGGACUGAGCGAGACAGAGAACGGAACGAAAUAGCAAAAGAGAGAAGAAACUAGAAGUGUGUCGGGCCACUAUAUCGAGGAAGGAGCAGGGAAAUCUUGCUUUUCCUCUUCGUACAGUUGGAUCGAAGGGGCAGAGGGUGUGCGGGUGGGUGGGGUGCCAAAAAGAGAGAAACAGAAAGGAGACAGCUCGAAAAGGAAGAGGUAAUCCAGCCACGAAGGGUGUACGAUCCGUGUCUCGAGGAGGGAAGAGUAUUGUGUGGACAAACGAGAGUGCGAGAAAGAGACAGUGCGGUGCCGUGUAAACAUACAUCCUAUUGCCGUGAGUGCGUGCGCGAGUGGCAAUCAGCGACGGCUUAACAUCGUCGUCUCCGUCGUCGUCGUCGUCGUCGUCGCCUUCGUCGUCGUCGUCAUCGUAGUUCAACGUCGUCGUUUUCGUAAUCAUCGAAAUUGUGCGGAACUGUGCGGUUGGCGUCUCCUUGUGACAACGAAAGGGGACGUUAAUUCGUCGGAGCAAACGUACGGAAAAUCGGCCAAGCAACGGCCCCAGGUACCGUGUGUAUCAAUCGUCGCAAUGUUUGACACGCGUAUGUACGUUCAUCACAAAUGACAGUCCAUCGGACGAGAAGGGAAGUCGAGUGCUGGCUGGAUUCGUCUGUCUAGCGAGCAAAGCGCGACACGAGAUGCAUCGGAGGGUGGGGUACAGCAACUACGAUGGCAAGAUCGCCGGCCUGUACGAUCUGGAGGAGACGCUUGGCCGCGGUCAUUUCGCCGUCGUGAAGCUAGCUAGGCAUGUUUUCACCGGCGAGAAGGUCGCAGUGAAGGUCAUCGACAAGAGCAAACUCGACGAGGUCUCGAGAGCGCACCUCUUUCAGGAGGUGAGAUGCAUGAAGCUGGUGCAGCAUCCGAACGUGGUCAGGCUUUACGAGGUGAUAGACACGCAGACGAAGCUCUACCUGAUCCUGGAGCUCGGCGAUGGCGGCGACCUCUACGAUUACAUCAUGCGACACGACAGCGGCCUCAGCGAGGAGGUGGCCAGAACGUACUUCCGGCAGAUAGUCAGAGCCAUAUCGUAUUGCCAUCGACUGCACGUGGUGCACAGGGACCUGAAACCCGAGAACGUGGUGUUCUUCGAGAAGCUAGGCACCGUCAAGCUCACCGACUUCGGAUUUAGCAAUCGGUUCUGUCCUGGCCAGAAGCUCGAGACUUCCUGCGGAUCGCUCGCGUAUUCGGCGCCGGAAAUCCUACUUGGCGAUAGUUACGAUGCUCCUGCCGUUGAUGUUUGGUCACUAGGCGUAAUUUUGUACAUGCUAGUAUGCGGUCAAGCACCCUUCCAAGAGGCGAACGACAGCGAGACCUUGACGAUGAUCAUGGACUGCAAGUACUCGAUACCACCGCACGUAUCCGAGGAGUGCAAGCGUCUGAUAGCCAGAAUGCUGGUUAAGGAGCCAGAGGACAGAGCGUCGCUCGAGGAAAUAGCAGCCGAUCCUUGGCUAGCUGCUGGACCCGACUCGGAUCCGGUGGAAGCGUUGCCACUGGUCUCGAGGCAACAGGUGUCCGAUGAUCAUCACAAUCAUAUAAUCACCAAGAUGGUGAACGGGAACAUUGCCACCAAAGAAGAAAUAUUGGAUGCCCUCGACAAGAAUGAGUACAAUCACAUAACGGCGACGUAUUUCUUACUAGCGGAGAGGAAGCUGCGGGCUCAUCGUCAGGAGCAGGUGCAGAAAACUCGUCCGGAAAUCCUCGAAGUGUCAGCUAGCCGGCAAGAUGACGUAGUUAGUAAUAUGCGUGCCGAUCAAAAUUCAUUGACCACGGUCAAUCAAUCGCUGUUGAGCGUGCCACGAACGCCGGGUGACUUGCCUCAGAACGUUCGAACGCGGAAAUGCAGCAUCGUGCAGGAGGAAGAAGACGAAGACGAUGUGUCUUCGUGCUCGGGUCGAGACGAACGCGGCAGUAAUUCCACGCUAAAUUCGUUUAAUCGCCGUGGUUCCCGAUCGGAAGGCAAGCUGUCGCAUAUUCUACAGGAGAGGUUGUCCCAACUUCCAGAGAAACCGAGCCACAAGCCUAUGACGUCUCAGCGAAACUCGCAGAAGGAUAUCAACGUGGUUCCUGUGAUAGUUGACGGAGAGGAGCGACUGAAGUCUAGUCCAAAGAGCGGGAACAGCAACGAGCCUUCGUUGCUUGUCCAGCAGAAGGUAGCGCCCAGGCCUCAAGCGGGCAAUCAGUUCGCAGACAAAGUACCUGCAGUAAUGAAGCUCGACCCUACUAGCCAGGAGAAUCUGAAGAACCGUUUGGACGACGGGCCGUUGCCUGGCUGGUCGAGAAGAGGAUGUUCAGAGAACAGGCCGAAGUCAGUGUCCGAGUGCUUGAAGUCAAUAGGACAUGUCCCAGCGAACAAGUGGAGAAUGGGAUCGCAACAUCGUUCCUCUGCUGCGUCGUUGGACUCCUCGUUGACGAUGAGCCCGUCGAAACCGUCCGAUAUUAACACGACGACUACUACGACUACUAUAUUAACAGAGUCGUGCACGGUAUCGAUCCCAUUGCGACCCUUGAGCGGGCUUAACGACAGCCUAUCGCUGACGCCUAAAUAUAAGACUAUGCCGUCACCAGGAAGCGCUGGUUCCACGUCUACGCCGCUAAACGAGAUCCUGGAGGACGGGGAUGCGUUGCCUGCAUCCGGUAGCGAGAGCAGCGGUUCCAAGUGUCGAGUGGUUAGGAAAACGGGAUACGAACAGAGAAAGAGCAAAUUCCAUAAGACACGCACAACUUCUUGCUCGAGUUCGGAUGCCAGUGACGACGAUAGUGAGAGCAGGAAGAAAAGGGCGCAUAAGUUGGGUACCUCUGCGGGUAAAUCGAUGCCUUCUAGACGCGAUAGUCACGAUGACUCUAGUGAUUCGCAGGAUCCAGGAGGAAGUGGCGGUGGGGGAGGAGGUGUAGGUAAUGGCGAACAUACAACGGAGACACCGCCGAGUGAAACAAACCGAAAGGACAGUGGAAACAGUACCAGCACUACUACUACAACGACUACGACGACUGGUGGAAGGCAUCGGUGCUCGGAGAACCAGGUUAUAUUCGGUAGGAGGCAUCGUACAGGCAGAAGAAGAGCCGGCGAGACACGUCUACGCGAAAGUCAGUCGUUAAAUCGUAUCACAGAAGUUCAGGAAGCGGAAGGACCAUCGUCGUGCCACAAUCACUGUCACGUGUCUCGUAAUUCCGCGGUUCUAGGCGUGCAAAGUAUGUCGUCCUCGUCGUCGUCGGUGUCGCAAAGCAGUACUGGCUCGCAUGGUCUGCCUCAGACCUUGUCCCAGGCAGCAGCGACUGUUCAGAAAGCUAAAGGUUUUGGAGCGAGACUCCUGCAAAGUUGGUCCCUCAGUAGCGCCAAGUCCUCGUUAUCUCAGCCAUCGAAUAAGCAGACCAAUUGCAGUCCGAACGGCAGAUGCACCAAGCAGGAGGUGCAACGGGAUGCGUGUCAGAGGAUCGAGAUGUGCUGCGAUGAUAAAGAACUGAACGGUGGCACGGUCAAUCAGAUACCGUCCAACGACAAGGAAAACAAAAACGGCUCGAUGAACAGAAACGAUUGCAAGACCAGAAAAAUUCGGUUGCUUAGUCGAUACUUCGCCGUUCAUAAGAAACUCUGUGUCCCAUUGCCAGGAUUAUUCGGCAAAGGGCGUCUUUACAAGGCUCGAUCUUGCGGCAGUAUCGCACGAGACCGUGUCAGCCCGCCGUCGCCGAAGUCCAUGCUGUUCUGUGCGACAGUGGACGACAAAUGGCGAGAUGGUCGGCAAUGGUGCGACGCGAAGCAUCAGCAUCGCGGCAGUGACGGGGAUAUCAAUCAAAAUCUGGGCUUGUCACACUUGGUUCAGGAGACCGUGGUAGGAAAGGGCUGCAACCCAUUACCCGCAGUCUGCCACAUUCACUUGGGCGACGCGUCCAAGUGCUGCAGUCUCUGUUGAUAAAUCUGCACGUGGAGCAGGUUGAUGCACAAACGACAGCGCAAGAAGGCACCGUGGGUCGCGUAAUUUUGACCUGGAGUCGUUGGAAUCAUGGUCCAUGCGACCGUGGUCGAGUGGUCGCUGUCUCGUGACGGAUUAUGAUUGCUGGCGACUAGGAAGAAGGAAGAGAGCGCGCAAAGGGGCGCAAGAAGACGUAAGGAGACGCGAUUAUCACGAAAUGCAAUCAAUUUCACGACGGCCGUUUCGCGUGCAGAGAAAUAGGCGGUGGGAGGGAAGGCACGCAAGACGACAUGGUGCGACGCUAUUAAACGAGGAGGAUCUUCUUCUGUACGUGACGCGUCGUGGUGAUCGUUAACAACCACGACCUCUUAGCCGAUUACACAGCACGCGUCACAAUGGUCAAUGUAUUCACUCGAUCACGUCAUGUCCCCUCCAUUAGACCGAUGCUAUACCAGCAGAACCCGAUCCUGUAACCUUUCGAUCGCAAUGCGUAGCCGAGAGAGACCAGAAUAGUAAGGGUUGUGUCGAGAGAGGUAGAGAGAGCGUAUUCAUCGAUCUGUCGCUCUGUGGGAAGUGUAUCUAGUC